AUGGCGCUCCCGAGUGCCAAAGUAGAAAACGUCCCACGUACGCUCGCGCCGGAGCCUGAUUAUUUCAAAACCAAUCCUCCGCCUCGGGACCUCGAAGCGCACGCGGCCCAGGUCCAAGAAUUUGUAGAUCUCCAUCUAGCUGCAAGCAGACGGGUGGUCCUCGUCACCUCCGGUGGGACCACCGUGCCCCUUGAAACCCAAACGGUGCGGUUCAUCGACAAUUUCUCCGCAGGCACACGAGGGGCCACAUCAGCCGAAUACUUCCUCCAAGAGGGCUACGCGGUGAUAUUCCUGCAUCGCCAAUUCAGCUUGCUUCCGUACUCGAGACACUAUAGCCACUCGACCAAUUGUUUCCUAGAUUUCAUGGACGAAGCCGCUGCGCCACCCUUGUCAUCUCCAGGCUACGAUGAAAAUAACCCAGACCACGGCGCGAUUGUAGUCCGCCCAGAGUACCAGGAUGAAAUGCGCAAAGUACUCCGCCAGUACCGCUACGCGAAACAGAACCAGCUCCUCCUACUCAUCCCCUUUGUGACAGUGACGGAGUAUCUGUACGAGUUACGCUCACUAGCGACAAUCAUGCGACCACUGGGCGCCAAUGCGCUCUUCUACCUCGCCGCAGCGGUUUCAGACUUCUUCAUCCCCCGCGAUCGCAUGGUCGAGCACAAGAUCCAAUCCUCAAACGAGGUGUCCACGCCCGCUUCCCAACCAGCACAAGGCCACAGCGUCAUCCCCGCCGACCGCAUCUACACAGGCUUCAAUGACGCGCAGCCGCCAACCCAUGGCAAGAAACUGAUCGUCGACCUGGACCCGGUGCCCAAAUUCCUCCACAGCCUUGUGAAUGGCUGGGCGCCACAGGGCAGUAUGGUUGUCAGCUUCAAGCUGGAGACGGAUCCGUCGCUUCUGAUUUCCAAGUCCGAGCAGGCGCUCAAUCGCUACUCGCAUCACCUCGUCAUUGGUAAUUUGCUUUCCACGCGCAAGUGGGAAGUUGUGUUCGUUUCUCGGGGCCCGGAUGGGAAGAUUUUGGAGCAUUGGUUGCGGAUCCCGAAGACUGCGGCCCCACAGAGCGGUUCGAAGAGGCUGAGCUGGAAUACAGUCCAGCCACGACAACAUCAACCUGUGACGGAAGAUGCCAAUGCGGGCGAGAUGUUGGAGAUUGAGAGCUUAAUUGUUCCGGAGCUGAAGAAGAAGCAUUCGGCGAUGAUAGAGACAGUUCUUGCAAAGAAGGAGUAG